AUAUUAUCAGUAACUAACUCACCGAAGUUAGUGAAAAAUAUUUAAAAUACCUGACGAAAAAAUAUUUGUGUGUUAAUAGUCGCCCACAGGGGCAUCCAUUUUGGAUUUGUGUUCCGUAGUUGAAAACCAAUCGAAUAAUGGAAACAUGAAAAGUCACUAGCAUAAAGUAGCUUGUCAUUUUGCGCAAAAGUUUUGCAAAUUGUGGAAGUAAUGGCAGCGAGCAGUGGCGGAGUCGAUUGGUCCCUCGUUUUGAAACCAUUUUUGUCCCCGAAUUAUGAAAGUUCCAAUACUACCGAGCUUAUAGAGCUUUGUUCUACCAUCGUGAAAAGUGAAUCCGAGAUUUGGAGACACAAAGAGACCCACAAGAACUUCUACAAUACGUUUACAGUACUUGCUGCUGAUUACAUUAGUAGUAGCAUAUCAAAAUUAUCCGGCAGUCAGCUAGAAACAGCCAGUGCAGCAUGCAGGGUUCUACUAAAGUACCUUCUUAGUGCUUUACAGAGCGCCAGUAGUGAACAAUACCAAGAUAGUGUUGCUAUAGAGCGUUAUCUAAAUGCAGUUAGAGUGCUUUGUAUAGGCACUGGUCUACUUACUACUACAGAAGUGUCCAGUUUAGUUGAUACAAUGAAAGGGGAAAAUUUGCCUCAGCAGACCAAUGUGUCUUCUAGUGUCCAUGACAAAGAAACUGGAAAUAAACAGGAAACAUCUAAAAAUCGUCCUGAUCUAUCAUUGAUUAUCUUUGAACGGUUGACUUUACCAAUACGAGACGGUCUAGUCAGUAACGACGUCGCUAGUCCAGUUUUGCCCGAAAAUUUGGCAGAUGCUGAUCCCAUAACUGAAAUUAACAGACUGUUUUUGAGAGCAAAUACAGAGAGCCUGCAAGCUUUAAGAGCAGGCGAUGCGUUAAUAGAUCUUUGUUUGAAUUUACCGACGAUAAAAAAAGCUAAAGUGAAAGUUGAGGAAGCGUUGGCAGGCAGACCAUUUAGCAUACCUUCUAACCAUGCAGAAGCCUUGGCUCAUAGAAAUAGCCUUCCCCAAACAGUAUCUGAAAUAACCCUGGCGAUCUCGGCUAUUAAUUUGCCGGUACUGGAACCAUUGAGCGCUCCUAAAUUGGACAAACUAUGCAACUUGGCGAUGGCAGCGUUACAUUGUGGAGUAGCUCAAGCAGCUGCCAGCGCUUGUUUAGCUGCAGCCAGUGUAGUAUCACCUAAAGUAAGCGGUCAACAGGCUCAAGCAGCCAGUUUGAAGGAAGAGGACUUGGACUCAAAUGCCGUCAAACUAGUGGAAGAAGUUUUAAAUAUGUACUCAUAUAUUGGCAAUGUUAUUAAGACAUCGACUAGAGCCGGAGGCCACGCGUAUCAAAAUUAUCUUCUGGCCGGGGCUUGGGUUCUUAUUUCUGGCCUUCAAACUCACCUUACCCAAACAACUUCUGCAAGUGGAAGUGACAAACCUGCAUCGUAUCUGAGCAGAGAAAGAGAUUCAGCUGAAAAGAGCCGACCAAGUCCGAGUAAGCAAGGCCAACAGAGCCGCGAAUCAGUUACCAGUACACCAGGAAGUUCAGCAUCGGCUCGUUCCGGUCUACAAAAAUUCCAACAAUGCUUUGGCGUGUUGAAUGUCGCUUUAGCAACAAAAGCUUUGGCUUUAUUGUCUGAUCUAUUUGAUGAUCUGAGCCUGGAAAUUUUUGGAGGAUCCGUUGGCAGUGUAGUGGCUAUGGAACCAGCUCCUCUAGCUAUUUUAGGUCAAUUCACAGCUCUUCAACGCGUUGCCAGAAUACUAAGUGCCGCUCCUCUUAAUAAUUUACUUUUCUAUUUGUCGAUAGUUAGCUACAGUAAAGCAUGUUCCUUAAAGCGGCUAAUUCCACCCGAAAGCGAUAAUUUUAGCCAAUCAGACUCAACAGCUUAUUUUGAGGAUAUGAUACUUUGCAGCGACGAAAACUCUACAGAUGAAGAUGACGAUAGUGAGCCGAUUUUAGGUCAGUGGUUCGAAGAAACACUGGCACCUUCUGAACCCGCUGAAUCCAAAUCGCCAUCCACUUCUGAGAAUGUUGAUACCAAGUCGAAUAAUAAUCCUGAUCGUGGUCAAUCUAUUGUGCCCGAAAAAGGAGAGGUUGAUGGUUAUAUUUCAUUGGCAACCAGUAUUUUCGUAUUCCUUAACAAGCAUUUUCUCUGUUCGAAAUCCAGCUUUGUGCAGAGGUAUGUUCGAAGUGGCUUAACCGAGCAGCAGAUGAUCAUUUUAGCUGCGAUCAUCCGAGAUUUGGAUAGAGAAUGGGCUAAAUCAGAAUUAGGUGGCCAAUAUGAAGAAUUCUCAAAUGCGUUGAUGAAAUUCACGCAUAAUUUGAUAACGAGUAACAACCUGAAUUCGCUACAAGCAUGCCUUUUAAAUCAUUUGGGAGUUUCUCCCUGGAAUGCGGAUGUUCGUCAUGCAUGGCCAUUGCAGGUCUAUCCUAGAACGUUGACUGUUCUUGCCCAAGUUUUGCUAUUAAGACCGCAAAAUGAAAAAGAGGCAUCCGUAAUAAGUAUUUGGCAUAGACUGGUUAAUACGCUGAUUGAAAAUGUCCUCAAUAAUCCUCAAGCUGCAAUCGAUUCUACCGAAGUUGAAGAUUUAAACGUAGAACAUGCAGAAGUGCUUCUCUAUCUUUUCCACUCGCUGAACUUGCUUCAGAAAAAAUCAGUGGUUCUUUUGAUGGCUGGCGGUGUGUUGAGAUGCUCAGAAACCGCAAGAAGUAACUUAAAAGAUUCCCAGCUGCUGAAUUUGUCCAGAUUAUUGUUGCUCUUUGAUUACAUUAUGAAACAUCUGUAUGAUGUACCAACGUCGUUGUUAGAAAAAAUCCAAAGGAAUCUCUUUGAUCUUACUUAUCUCAGUGCACACUAUAAGGAUUCGGUCACGGCAAGACCAGAGGCAUCUUGGAAAGAAAUUGAGGAUCCAUAUCGUAGACUUUCUAAUGAAACUCACCCUACUCCAAGAUUCUAUAAGCUAUCUAAUUUAGAGAUUAAUAAUCAAGAUUCUCCAAAAUUAGAUGGUUUGGCAUGCAAUUUUAUUUUGGGAACUCCUGAUAAACUUCGAUAUCCACUUCUAUUAGACGCUCUUAUAGAAAUCUUAAAUGUUACGCAAAAUAUAAGUGCAGCUAAUGCGGGAAACAUGUCAAUUUUGGGACUGUGCGCCACUCAAUACUGUUUCACUGUUUGCUGGCGAUUAUUACACCUCUUACCUCCCUCAAUACCUUACAUGGAACGAUUAGCAAUAUGUGAAGUAUUAACACCCGGGCCUGUAUUACUGCAUUCACUUAUUUGGGGUCCUCGAACACCCCACAAGAAUUUCAAUAGAUGGCUGAAAGAUUGUCUUGUAAAGCAGGGCAUGUACACCCAAAGCACCGAUAAGCUUUUAAAAAGUGUCUCUGACGCUGUAAACAACAUGGAAUACGAUUGUGCACUUGCAAAGAGAUGUAUGAUUAGUCUUAUGCCCGAGUCCACUAAAUCCGUUAUGACCAAAGACGAUCUGCCACCUCUAUGGCAGUUGAUUCUUUUGGAUUGCCUGGUUGCAAAAGUAGAGGUUCCUUUAGAUGAUGCGUGUGCAAGUGAAACCCAAACCAUUGCGGUGUCAAGUCACUCGUGUGUGGAGGACUUGGUUCCGAUCGUCAUACGACUAGCCAGAUCUAUUUUACAUUGCACUCGUUGGUCAAUGUUUCAUCUAGUGGUCGACCAAAGCGAAAGUUCUGAGAAGCUUCAACUGAAAGACCUAGAAUUGAUGCACGAUGUUCUCGCAAUUUCGUCAAAAGAUAAUACAUUGCUUUGUACAUUGGCUAGUGAGAUUGAUUCAUAUUUGCCAGCCAAUGUUUUUUCGGUACUUCAAGCUUGGAGGACCGCAUUCUUAGAAGAUACUUUUUCGUCCCAAUUCAGCAGCGAUAUCAUUCCAUCGGAAAGCUACAUUCUGAAAAUCAUUGAUAUACACAUAUCUUCGUUAUCCAAAUCGUUGCCAUUCAGUAUCGAUUUGUCUUUGAAACGAACUUUAGAGAACUUGGUAAAAUUCGUUGUUCAACACGCCCCAAGAAUUGAAAACACCGAUACUAAAAAUAAAGCUAUUGAACUGUUGGUUUCCAUUACAACAGAUGCAAGAACUGAAUAUUUGUAUAAUGUGGCUGUUAAAGCUUUGGAUAAAAUGAUUGGAGACACAGAAACUGAUGAACGACAAAAACGGGUUUAUAUUCGAGUUUUGGACCAUACUUACAACCUUUUGAUAAAGUAUACGAGCGAACUAAAUGCUCCGAAGCCAUGGGUACAUGAGAACAUUCUGCACAGUUGUUUGAAAUUCUAUGAGAAGAUUAUUGAGAAAAGUUCGGGAAGACAAGCAUUGGAAAGUUUUUUUACAGGGGAUAAAGACUUGGUUAAAGUGUUAAUGUCCGUGUCCAGUCCUCAUAUGAAACAACAGUACAGCACUCGUGUGCUCCACUUAUUCAACAAACUGUUUCAAGCCGCAGAGAAAAGUUCAACAGACCCAAGCUUGAAUUCUCUCUGUUCGAGCAUGGGGAAACUAGCAGAAGUGGAAAGUGAAAAACUGCAAGCAUGGCUGAGGCAAAUAAUUAUUGGGCCUGUUGAGGGAUCUGGUUCCAGAAUACCCGUAUUAAGGUUGAGAAAACAACCAACUAAUACGAGCUCAGAAGGCAAACAAGUGUAUGUCUGCAUGGGAGCGAAGGACGAAAAGAAAUCGCUGGUGCAAGAAAAUAGUCAGUUACUUCAAGCGUUAACCAGUUACAUUGUGAAACAGACCAGCAAUGUCCCAGAGGAUGUUUCUAUAACUAUACUGAAAGCUCUUAUACCUCUUGGUAGUCAUAUACUGAGUCCUGCUUUAGAAGGAGCUGGUUUCACUGAACUUAUGGACGUAAUGACAAUGUUGGCCGAUGCUGGAACUGGAAAAGGACAUAGUCACCUUUUCCCUGCAGCUGCUCAAUGGGUAGAGUCCUGCGCCAAGUACGUGCAAAACUCUGAUAUUAGUGAGAAACUGGCGAGCACACCCGACCUUCUGAAGAACAACAGUGCCCUUAGUGCCGCAUCCUGUAUUUUGGACUAUUUAACAGAUGUAAUUCUAUCGAUCACCGAGCAACCACCUAGAUCGGUAUCACCUCAGUGGGAGCACGAAAGUCCUCUAGAUAUUGAGCUCGAUUGGCAAGAAGAAACGAUCGAUGAUGAUGAUAGUGGCGAAGACUCCGAUGAAGACUCUCUUUCCAACAAACUUUGUACUUUCACAGUGACGCAGAAGGAAUUUAUGAAUCAACAUUGGUAUCAUUGUCAUACUUGCCGUAUGCUGGACGGCGUGGGUGUUUGUUCGAUUUGCGCUCGAGUUUGUCACAAAGGACACGAUGUCAGCUAUGCUAAGUACGGAAAUUUUUUCUGCGACUGUGGAGCGAAGCAAGAUGGAUCUUGUCAAGCACUAACCAAGCGCAGUCCUGUUUCCAAUCCUGAACUUCCUCAGCAUCAGAGGAAGGACGAAGAGCAUYCUGUGUUAGCCAGCUCUUUAAGGAGACGUACCAGUUCUCCUGUACCUCCCGAGACCUAUUCAAAAGUCUUAUUCGAGGAAAGGCGUUCUGAGCAUGAAAAGAAAAAACUUGAUGAAUCUCGAGAAUUUUUAUUAGGCUAUUUGAAUUCAAGCACUGUGACUUGGUCUUUAUUGGAGUUUUUGGAAGGGUUGAUCCCAGCCAUUGAGUCAACGUGUAACUUAAACAGUCCUGUAGGCUGUCACGCACGAGGAGUGAAUGCAUUACGAGAACUGUACAAUGCCGAAAAGAAAUACGUUCAUACUGAGUUGCUGAUGGUACCUACUCUAGGGUCUCAAGAAGGGGCCUUUGAAAAUGUGCGAAUGUCUUAUGCUGGCGAUCAGGGGCAAACAAUCAGACAGUUAUUAUCUGCCCAUAUUAUUCGACGUGUGGCUAUGUGCUGCAUGACCACGACUCAAGGAAAACGUCAACAUUUGGCUGUAUCUCAUGAAAAGGGCAAAAUAACGGUUUUACAAUUAUCCGCACUUCUCAAGCAAGCGGAUUCUGCUACAAGAAAACUAACAUUGACUCGGUUGAGUACUGCUCCAAUACCAUUUACCGUUUUAUCGAUGACUUCCAAUCUCUGCAACGAAGAAUUUUUGGCAGUAUGUGGCUUAAAGGAUUGCCAUGUCUUAACAUUUAAUUCGAACGGUCUUGUUACUGAUCACUUAGUUUUGCAUCCCCAGCUGGAAACAGGCAACUUUAUUAUAAAAGCUCUUUGGUUGCCAGGAUCUCAAACGGAUCUUGCGCUUGUCACUGCAGAUUUUGUUAAAAUUUUUGAUUUGAGCAAAGAUGCUGCGAAUCCUCAAUAUCACUUUUUGGUGCCAAGUGGUAAAAUCCGAGAUUGCACCUUCAUGUAUGAAGACGGAAUUUAUCAUAUUCUACUGAUGUCAUCCCCUGGUCAUAUUUAUACCGAAGUGCUCAACGAGGAUACUUCUACGAAAUUUGGAAGUUUUUAUGUCACUAAUACGCUAGAGGUUCACCACUUGGACGUUACAGAUGCGAAUGGUCAUAUUGCUGGUGGAGGAGUUUCGAUCUACUACUCUCACACUCUGAUGCUACUGUUUUACAGUUACGCACAAGGCAAGAGUUUUAUAUCACCAGUUGGGCUGAAGAGCAAUUGUCUUUCACUUGUUUUCCCUAUUACAAUUCCCCAAACAUCAGCCAGUACCAAUGGUUCUAAUGCGAAAAGUAAUAGUACCAGAAUACCAAAUCCACAACCCUUGUGUCAGUGGAUGGAGAUCCCAAAUCAUCCAGGAUUAAUAUGUUGUGCAAUGCAGUCCAGCAAUCAGCCAGUUGUUUUAAUGCUCAAACCUGAUUCCAUCUUAAUUCAAGAAGUAAAGGUUGUGCCAGCGAAAUCAAAGAUCAUGGACAUGGUAGCCAUACGGCAUAAUUCAGGCAGCGAAUUGCGAACUACUUUAAUCCUGCUCUGCGAAGACGGCAGUUUAAAAAUGUUUAUUGCCAAUAUGGAUCAAACCGGAUUUUGGAUGUCAAACAAUAUUCAAGCCACUGUACCCGUAGGGACAGUGCCGAAACCAAAGAAGAAAAAGCCUAUAAAAUCUGGGAAGGCAUCUAGUGCUCCUGUUUUCCCUGUCGACUUUUUCGAGCACUGCACAGCCAUGGGUGAUGUCGAAUUUGGCGGAAAUGAUUUACUGCAGAUUUACAACGCCGCGCAACUAAAACACAGAUUAAACACAACUGGACUAUAUGUGGUUUGUAAUAAAGACCAAUUUCAAAUUGAAGUAUCUAAUAAUGAUGCUAACAUGGUUAUGUGCGGAAUAAGAGUGCUGGUUGGAAGCCAAGAUGCACAAAAAGCCCCAACAUAUGUAGAGAUCUUCGGAAGAAUAAUUUCAUUCAAUGUUCUGAGAAGCCGUUGGUACGAUAUUCCGUUCUCUAGAGAAGAAAGUCUUCAGGCGGACAAAAAACUUACCAUUGUAUUCGGACCAUGCCAGGAUCCCGAGCUGAUGACAAUGAUCGAUAGUGUGAAAAUAUAUGGUAAAACCAAAGAUGCGUUUGGCUGGCCAGAAGAGACUGAUGAUAGUGCCGUUGCAAAUGCGGGAAACUCCUCGAAUACUGGAACCAGUGCAGCUGGAAGUGGAAGUUCUAAUGAGGUCGACCAUCAGUCUGGGUGUCCACAGCAGUUAUCAAAACUUGAGCGGCUCGCUAUGGAUGUUUUUAAAAGCUUGGACUGCUCCUUGUAUAUCUACUCGUCUGAAGAAAAGUUUGCAAAGCUUAAACCCGCUGCUUUAAAAUUAGCUACCCAGCUCUUAACAUUGCCUACACCACCGUCAAUUCAAGUUCACUCAAAGUCUUUAAUGUUGACAAUUCAUCCUACCAAACAACAGUAUCAUAGCUACAAGGAUCAAGCCCUGUUAGAACACGUUCUGAGCAACUUAACUGAUAUGACGAGCAGGAAAGAAUUGAAUGGGGUAGAUUUAGAUGCAGAGAGUUACUACCGAUUGGUGCUCAUUGUAAGAGGAAUUGCAGUUUCGCGACCCAACAAUCUGGUUAAAUUUGCUGACAGUCACGCGUCCCUUCAGGACGUUGUAUUAGAAGACCCACUGGGACCGAACAAUCAAGACGAGUCAACGGAAGAUAACGCGGAAGUUAAAGAUGGAGAAAGAAACAUUAGUAAUAAUAAGCAUUUAUUAUUGCAACUGGUAGAUGUUCUCUGGAUGUUGCACAAGAUAAAUCCGGAAAUUCCCGCUCUAGCUCCCGUAGUCGUUCCCGGUUUGAAGUAUACCGAACAAGUAAUUCACGCUUUAGUUGAAAUUAUACAUGCGUUUCAAACCUCUGAAAACUACAGCAAUAUCACCAUUAGAUUAUAUAUCCAGCUCUUGUUGUGUCACGACCCUAUCAUAGCAUUUAGUGCUAAACAAGCGUUAUGCAAGGUUCUGAAACCACGCGUAAAACGUCGCAAAGUUUUCAUACCGUCUCCGCCUCACUGUGAUAGCCCAGCACCUUCUAAAACGUCGGUUUUACCUUCGACUUCGGGCGAAGGCAGAUCUCAACCGACUCAACAAGUAGGACCAAUUCCAGCGGCUGCAGGAUUUGACGUGGACAUGGUGGAAGCAAUCAGCUUUCUAGAGCAACAUGGGGUUGAAGGUGGCGUGAAUCAACUUGAGGCAAUGUUGGCCGGGCAUGACGGUUUUCCUCAACUUAUUGAUAUUCCAUCCGAUGCAGACGAUGAAACCAUUGUGGAACUCGCCAUUGCACUUAGCUUGCAGGAUCAUGAAAUGGGCGGUAUUACUAGUGCUGAACAAGCAAUACAAAACUUACAGGCGAAGUUUAGAGGAGCAGGCCAAGGACAGGCAGGAGGUGCUGGAACUUCUCAAGCGCAAGAAGCGGCAAAUUUCAGCGAUACGACAGCUUCUGCAGGUGGAUCGGAUGAUGAAGGUUCCACUGCUGCUACUGAUGGUUCAACGCUGCGUACUUCCCCAGCAGAGCAAGGCGGUAGCGCAGAGUCUGAGAGUGGAGGCAGUGGAGUUGAUAGCAUUACAGGCGAACACAAUGUUUCUGGAAGGUCGUCAGCUUACGGAGAUGAUGGUAAUACUGCUAGAAGUACAUACAACAGCUCGACUAUAGCCCAAGUCCCCGCCGAGCAAAUACAACGCGCUUCUCAGGGCAGCGAUACCUUAGCUCAAAUUCAGGAGGAUCUUGAAUGUGAAAGCGAGGGUAGCCCCAAACUACAUUAUCUCAGAUUACAGUUAUUGGAAAAGCUAGUUGAAUAUUUGCCCAAACUUCAAAACGCUCAGGGCGUUCGAGCUAUCCCAUUCUUCCAGGUGGUAUCGCAACUUACCACUGAUUUAGAUGGCUCUUGUGAGAGGGACAGGGUCUGUCUCAAUUCGCUAUUAACAGCUGUUAGCCGAGAACUGAAUUUCACAAGAGAUAAUGUUGAAAGCAUUUGCACGCGAUCUACUAAGAACGAGGUGCAUUUGCUACUCUUGAAACUAAUUUCCAAUCUUUUGCAAAGAAAUAAGUCAAAUUCCGUAUCGAAGUCUGGUAGUUCAACUGAUUCAUCCAAUUAUGUUAUUCGAACGUCUGCGAGUUUCUUACACAAGGCAGAUAUUAUUAACUACUGCCUUAGAAUUAGCCAAGCCUUACUGACAGACUAUUGGACACAUAAGAGCGACGAAGAAGUUUCUGGGGGAGCAAAAUCAGGAAAUCUGCUAAAACCCCACUUAACUUAUCCAUUACCAGACAUGGCACCUUUCUUUCUCAAAACACACUUAAAGGAAAAUUCUACUGAUGUAUUUUCAAAUUAUCCCCAUCUCAUUACUGAAAUGGUCUUAAGGUUACCCUAUCAAGUCCAAAGACUGUCUGAUGUUAGUGAAAGCGUGAACGAUAUUUUUGACGAAACAUGGUUUAGGUAUUUGUGUGAAUACAUGAUGACUUCACUUCCACCGCCUUCUCGUCGAAAUGCAAGAAAGUUGUUGCUCUAUAUUUGUGGCAGCAAGGAAAAGUAUAGACAGUUGCGAGAUUUACACGCAUUGGGUACACAUUCAAAAGGGAUUAAGCAUUGCUGUUCAAAAGGUGGAUAUCAGGCGAAUUCCGAUUUACAACACGCUCUCAGUUUGCCGUAUGACAGUCUAGUGGAACUCGUGGAACAUUUGAAGGCUUGCUUGGAUAUUGCUCUAUAUAGAACAGGAAAUUGGCAAAUAUUCUGCUUACAAACCGAAGAAAUUCUACCCUUCCUACUGCGAGUUAGUUUUCUAUUAGACGACGGCGUGGCUCCAACCAUUCUACAACUAUUGACAAGCGCCUUGGUGAUCAACUCAAAUCAGCAGAGUAAAAAAACUGAGGCUACUAGUAAAGUAAGUUUUAAAUUUAUUUGCUUUGUCAUCAGUUUUAUACAAAUACAUUUUCGAUAGACAAGCCGCAAAGAUAGAGAAAAGUCUGACGAUUCAGCAGUCGAAGCCUUAUUCGAAGAAUCCAAUUGCGUGGCGUUGGUCGAGCAGAUCAACAAGCAGGUUUCUAAAGAAAUUUUAGCCCGUUUCAUCAAAACAUUUACUCUGGAAAACAACACAACAACUGUAAGGUGGCAGGCGCACGGUUUGAUUUUAGCUAUUUACAAGAAUUCGAAGCCUAAAGAACAGGCUACUUUGCUGGAAUUACUGUGGCAACUGUGGCCUCUGCUACCUGCGUAUGGAAAGAAAGCCGCUCAGUUUGUUGAUCUGUUAGGAUAUUUCUCGCUGAAAUGCACCGACACGAAAGAAGGGGAGAAUAAAAUCGAGGAGUACGUAAAGAAAUCAGUAUCCGUUCUCAGGGUGCAGAACGAAAUGUUAGCUCAUCAUCCAAACGCAAGUUUAUAUGCGCAUAUGUCCCAAUUUGUGGAUUUAGAUGGGUACUAUCUUGAAUCAGAACCAUGUUUGGUUUGCAACAAUCCAGAGGUUCCAUUUUCUACUAUAAAACUAUCUUCAGUUAAAGUGGACUCGAAAUUCACAACCACGACUCAAAUUGUGAAACUGCUGAGUAGUCAUAUUAUAAGCAAGAUUACGGUUCGAAUUGGAGAUUUAAAGAAAACUAAGAUGGUCAGAACCGUCAACAUCUACUAUAACAACAGAACAGUACAGGCGGUGGUAGAAUUAAAAAAUAAACCUGCCUUAUGGCAUAAAGCUAAAAAGGUAACGUUGCAAUCGGGACAAACGGAAGUGAAAAUAGAAUUCCCAUUACCUAUUGUUGCCUGCAACUUGAUGAUUGAGUACGCCAACUUUUAUGAAAACAUUCAGGCUAGCAGUGAAACUUUGCAAUGUCCAAGGUGCAGUGCUUCAGUUCCAGCUAAUCCGGGCGUUUGCGCCAACUGCGGGGAGAAUGUUUUCCAGUGUCACAAAUGUCGCGCUAUUAACUACGACGAGAAAGAUCCGUUUUUGUGUCACGCCUGCGGUUUUUGCAAGUACGCAAAGUUCGAUUUCACCCUACAGGCGAAACCGUGCUGUGCCGUUGAACCGAUAGAAAACGACGAGGAUCGAAAAAAGACGGUGUCGAGUAUAAACACGCUCUUGGAGAAAGCCGAUAGAAUCUACAAACAGCUUAUUGCUAAUAAACCCACUCUUGAGUCACUUGUAGUGAGAAUAACAGAGCAUAGAUCCGACAAGAAAGGAGACGAACCGAUCGCUUCUAACAACAACACGACCACUCAAAAUCCUGUAAGCGCUGUUGCAAUGGCUCAAGUUAAAGUUAACAAAACCAUUCAGAUGCUUGCACAGCAAUAUUGUUCGGAAUGCAAGACCAGCUUUGAGGAGCUGAGCAAAAUAAUACAGAAGGUACUCGCUUCCCGAAAAGAACUAGUGAUUUACGAAAGAAAACACCAUGACAUGGAUCUUCCUCAAAGUGCUUCAGUGUUUGAUGAUCUACAGGUGACUGCCACCCCUUGCGUUGCAAAUAAGUGUUAUGGCUGCGCUACAGCAGCCACAGAACAUUGUCUCACGCUUUUACGAGCCCUUGCUCUUAACUUGACAACUAGACAAAUUCUUUGUUCUUAUGGUUUAGUCCAGGAAUUGGUAUGGAACAACUUGAGAAAAGGCAACAUACAUAAUCAAGAAGACGUGCGAUUGUUGCUUUGCAUGUUAACAAAGGAUAAUCCAGAAGCAACUGAAGAUUUGUGCCACCUGUUGAUGACUAGGAUUACCAAUAGUUUGAAUGGAAAUCUGAACAGUACCGACUUAGGCGCUAGUAUUCGACAUGAAAUAGCGCUACUGGCAGCCAUGGUUCAAAAGGAGGACGACUGUUGGGAGUUAAAACUCAAUUGUAUGAUGUCUCUCUUCCAGACAGCUUGUGAAGAUUCAAAGAGUCCAAUAGUCAUGGAAAGCGUCACUUUGCCGUGUCUCAAAAUCAUACAGAACUUGAUGAAAAUUUCCGCCAAUACAUCUAAUGGCGGGGGAAGCAAAAAAUCUAAAGAAAAAUCCAAUGCGGGAAAAAGUACUCAGAAGCUGAUGCCUUUACAAGCUCCAGCCGAAGUUCGCAAGUUCCUUAACAAAGCGCCUGGACAUUCGUUUACAGCAUGGAAAGCCCGGUUGCUUCGUCCAUCUGAAUCCAACAGCCAAACAGCUGCCUCAUCGAAAGACGACAUUCACAGUCAAUUCCUGGCCGAAAAAUACUCCAGAAAAUGGAGACACCGAGUGAAAAAAAUGAAAGCAACCAACCGCCUAGGUCUGACUGCCUCCGCAUCUUGGAUGGAAAUCGUCUUAUUCAACAGGAGUUCCCGCCAGGCCAGGAUCGUGGCUUGCAGCAUAAUAGAAAUGAUGUGCAGCAACUACGAAAGAAAGAAAGAAGUCGUAACACUUCUCACUUGCUUCUUGUCCAAGUUAUCAGAUGCUGGGGAAUCAUCAGCUGAAUUUUUACAACUGUAUCAACAUCUUAUACAGGACUCUCCCUGGAAGCAGUACUUAACCAUACAGGGUUUGCCAUUGGUUCUGGCCAAUUUAAUGACACACGAGAUAGAGCAGUUGCAUAGACUGGAAGCGACUACUCUUACAUCAGACUUGGCACAAGGCUACGCUCUCAAUCAGCUAACAGAUCUAUUGGCCGGUUUUCUGGGAAAUGUUGCAAUCAGAAGGCAAUACAAGUCCCGGCUUGUUGGUGCUGUUUUGAAUGGAUAUCUAUCAUUAAGGCGACUAGUCGUGCAAAGGACUAGACUGAUCGAUGAAACUCAGGAAAAACUGCUGGAAUUGUUAGAGGAAAUGACAACAGGCACCGAAGAAGAAACCAAAGCUUUUAUGUCGAUUUGCAUCAAAACAGUGGAGCGGUACAGUUUUCAAGAUAUUCUCACACCCGUAUUUAUAUUCGAAAGACUGUGCUCCAUAAUAUAUCCAGAAGAAAACGACAUUGGAGAGUUCUUCCUUACACUGGAGAAAGAUCCGCAGCAAGAAGAUUUCUUGCAAGGACGGAUGUUGGGAAAUCCCUAUUCUAGUACCGAAGCCGGACUGGGCCCACUUAUGCGGGAUGUUAAGAAUAAAAUAUGUCAAGACUGUGAACUUGUGGCGCUUCUCGAAGAUGACAACGGCAUGGAACUGCUGGUUAACAACAAAAUCAUGAGUUUGGACUUACCUGUAAAAGAUGUGUACAAGAAGAUUUGGCUCUCAGAGGGCGGUGAUCAUGAUGCAAUGAGAGUUGUAUACAGAAUGAGAGGUCUGUUAGGCGAUGCCACUGAGGAAUUUAUAGAGACAUUGGACAACAAAGGCCAGAGCGCUGUAGAUAAUGAAGAAGUUUAUAAAAUGGCAAACGUGUUAGCUGAUUGUGGAGGUUUGAAAGUUAUGGUUGCCAGAUUGGGCUCCAUUCAGAAUGCCUGGCGAGCCAAACCGCUUUUACAGGUAUUGCUGAAGUUAUUCAGGCUGAGCAUUAAAGUGAACAAAUGCCAGGAAGUCCUGAUCGAGCCGGCUUUAGGAGCCGUCGAAGCCUUUUUGAGAGUACUACAGUUAUGUUUAGAAAGCGCCACUGAGUCUAGUCAAUCUGCCGUAAUCGAACAACUGCUUGAGAUCAUAGAAACGUUGAUGGCCAAAGCAACAAGCAAACCGUUAGACGUUUUUGAGGAGCUGUCCGUAACCUUUGGUGGAAGUGAAUAUGUAACAUCUUUGCUCUCAUUUACGUCACAUCCCUCAGUAAGAAACAACACUGCUGUUCUUGGUCACUUGACUCGAGUUCUUGCCGCCUUGGUCUACGGAAACCAGAACAAAAUGGAUACAUUGUUGGAACAUUUUAAGGACGUAAUCACAUUUAAUUCGUACGAUAGCGACCACACAACUGAAGAUCAACAAAAGCUGGAAAUGUUUUGCAUGUUGACCAACAACAUUGAAAGAAACGCAAUCGGCAAUACUUUAAAGGAUUACAUACUGUCGUUUAAUAUAGUUAAAGAAGCUUUGGAAUAUAUAUGCAUUCAUGCACCAUGUGUUAAACCCACACUACUGAGAACCGACAGCGACGAACUGAAAGACUUUAUCUCAAAACCUGCUCUCAAAUAUAUCCUACGGUUCCUAACUGGCCUGGCACACAGUCACGAAAACACCCAACUCGAAAUAUCCAGAGCUGACACCAUACCAAUUAUUCACCGUUUAGAACAAGUUUCUUCGGAUGAACAUGUAGGAUCACUAGCUGAAAAUCUGCUAGAGGCUUUAUGCACCAAUCCAGCAGUUGCUAAGCAAAUCGAAGAGGUCCGAGAGUUCACACGAUCCGAGAAGAAACGACUGGCAAUGGCCAUGAGGGAAAAACAAUUAGGACAAUUAGGGAUGAGAACCAAUGAUAAGGGACAGGUUACUGCAAAAUCGACCAUUUUACAACAAAUUGAGGAAUUGGGUGAGGAAUCUGGAUUGGUGUGUUGUAUCUGCAGGGAAGGAUACAAAUAUCAACCCACAAAAGUUUUGGGUAUUUACACCUUCACGAAACGAUGUAACGUAGAAGAAUUCGAAGUCAAGCAGCGCAAAACUGGUGGCUAUUACACUGUCACCCACUUUAAUGUGGUGCACAUCGAUUGCCACAUGUCGGCUGUACGUUUGGCUAGAGCUCGAGACGAAUGGGAGUCUGCUGCUCUACAAAAUGCGAAUACCAAAUGCAAUGGCCUUCUGCCGUUAUGGGGUCCUCAGGUGCCUGAAUCUGCUUUUGCGAGCUGCCUUGCCCGGCAUAACACUUAUUUGCAAGAAAGCACGAACCAUCGUGAUAUUUUGCAUGGAACUACGAUUCACGACUUGAAAUUGCUCAUGCUGCGUUUUGCCCAAGAAAAAUCGUUCCAUGAAGAUACUGGCGGUGGAGGACCUCAAAGCAACAUGCAUAUGGUGCCUUAUCUGAUUCAUGUAGGGCUGUAUGUCAUCAACACGACAAGGGUUUACUCGAGAGAAUUUGGCGCACUUUCAAGUUACACUACAAACGAUAUUACAGCGGAUUUAGCCUAUCAAGCAGAUGGUCCUCUCUACAUGGCAACAAUGGCUGUUUUUCUGAAGAGCAAAAAUGAAUGGGAAAAAGACCGAUACGCGCACUUGUCCAGAUUGUUAGCGAUAGCUCAAACUAGAUUCGUUCAACCGAGUGGACCUGGAACAGGUCUUAGUGAUAAAUCUGUCAAAGACUACAGUGUUUAUAAGCCUUAUUUAGUAUUUUUUGGAUUGAUAGAUGCUAUUUAUAAAUAUUUCUUUAAGGAUGUCGAGGGUGAAUUUGAGCAAUGGCCGGCAAAUCUAGCUGAUUAUAUUCGGCAUAAUGAUGAAGCUUUAAUUAAAAAUUCAGAGAAAUUAUUAAGUUACUACACAGAAGAGUUGUUGCCCUGUACUUCUUUUGGUGAAUUUUGCGAUGUCGUUGGUCUUUUGGAAGUUAUAUCCGACUCUGAUAGCUACCUUACUUCAGUUUUAGCCAGUGUAAAAUAGUCGAAAAUUGAGGUACCAUUAAUAAAAAUCACGAGAGGCUGUUAAAUUGAGCUUGUCUGAAUAUAUUUAUAAUAAUCACAAAGUUUACUGCUGUUAACUGAAUUAAUUCACGCAAUUGAUGUAAUUUAUUAUUUAUCUUUAAAUUAAAUCAUGGAAAUAUUGAUAAACACUUAACUGCA